CGCCGAGCCCGCCGGGCGCCGCAUCCCCGAGAGCCCUGGUCGGGGCCUGAGCAGCGGCCCCCGGCCCGGGCGGCGAGCGGAGCGCGGUGCGCACGGCGGCUCCGCCUGCGGAGACGGGACCGGCGCGCGGUGUUUAUCUUAUUUAAAUGUGCAGUCAUAUAGUAGCCAAGAGAAUGCAACUGCUGUUCCUUUAACGUCAGAACGAUGCACGCUACAAUAGGUGUCACUGUUUGGCUUGGUCCAAUCAUGGUUGGUGACUUCAGCUAUUGGCUCUGAGCACUGGCUGUCUGACUCCAUCUGCAGGGCUGUAAUACCUACUCUCCUCCGGUCCAUUCACCACACAACUUCAGCCGGCUGAACAGACUCACGCAGCUCCAGCACAUCUUCAUAACCUAAUUCAGAAAACAAGCACCACGGCUCUCUCUGCCUGUCGUCUCCUCUCAGUGUAGCGUUUUCAGGCGAUCUAGGAAACUGGGUUAUUUUUAUGAGCAAAUAAGAGAAACAGGAAUCAUGAUGGGGAUGUACUUAACAGACCCAGUACUGGAUAAAACUUAAAACCAGUGUCUCAUUCAACAUAGUAAAAAGGUCACCUUGCCUGCCUGAGAAAAGAAGCAAAAUAUCAGCUUGUUGGUUUCAGUUCUCAUCUCAGCUCGUGCUAGCCUCUUUUCCCUGAUGCUCGCACCGACUUGGGAUAUCUGGCUAUAAAGAGAGACCCACUGUACUCAUGGUAGAUGACAAGGAAAGGAACAUGAAAUGUCUCACCUUCUUCUUGAUGCUUCCAGAGACGGUAAAGAACAGGUCCAAGAAAAGCUCGAAGAAAACAAAUCCCAGCAGCAGCAGCAGCAGCAGCAGCAAGUUGCCUCCAGUUUGUUAUGAAAUAAUUACCUUGAAGACUAAAAAGAAGAAGAAGAUGGCUGCUGAUAUAUUCCCCCGCAAAAAACCAGCCAGCUCCGGCAGCACCACUGUCCAGCAGUACCACCAGCAGAAUCUCAGCAACAACAACCUUAUUCCCGCCCCGAACUGGCAGGGGCUCUAUCCCACCAUUAGGGAGAGAAAUGCGGUGAUGUUCAAUAAUGAUCUGAUGGCAGACGUCCACUUUGUGGUUGGGCCACCAGGCGGGACUCAGCGGUUGCCAGGACACAAAUACGUCUUAGCUGUUGGGAGCUCUGUGUUCCAUGCAAUGUUUUACGGAGAACUUGCCGAGGACAAAGAUGAGAUCCGUAUACCAGAUGUCGACCCUGCGGCUUUCCUCACCAUGCUGAAAUACAUCUAUUGUGAUGAAAUUGACUUGGCUGCUGACACGGUCUUGGCCACUCUUUAUGCUGCCAAAAAGUACAUCGUCCCUCACCUCGCCAGGGCCUGCGUCAAUUUCCUGGAGACCAGCCUGAGCGCCAAGAACGCCUGUGUGCUCCUGUCCCAGAGCUGCUUGUUCGAGGAGCCGGACCUCACGCAGCGCUGCUGGGAGGUGAUCGACGCCCAGGCCGAGCUGGCGCUCAAGUCCGAGGGGUUCUGCGACAUCGACUUCCAGACGCUGGAAAGCAUCCUCCGCAGGGAAACUCUGAAUGCCAAAGAAAUUGUGGUCUUCGAGGCCGCUCUCAACUGGGCUGAGGUGGAAUGCCAGCGACAGGAUCUGGCUUUGAGCAUUGAGAACAAGCGCAAGGUGCUGGGCAAAGCGCUCUACUUGAUCCGCAUCCCGACCAUGGCCCUGGACGAUUUCGCCAACGGUGCUGCGCAGUCCGGCGUCUUGACUCUGAACGAGACCAACGACAUCUUCCUCUGGUACACGGCGGCCAAGAAGCCCGAGCUGCAGUUCGUGAGCAAGGCCCGCAAGGGGCUGGUGCCGCAGCGCUGCCACCGCUUCCAGUCCUGCGCCUACCGGAGCAACCAGUGGCGCUACCGGGGCCGCUGCGACAGCAUCCAGUUCGCCGUGGACAAGAGGGUCUUCAUCGCGGGCUUCGGGCUGUACGGCUCCAGCUGCGGCUCGGCCGAGUACAGCGCCAAGAUCGAGCUCAAGCGGCAGGGCGUGGUCCUGGGGCAGAACCUCAGCAAAUACUUCUCGGACGGCUCGAGCAGCACGUUCCCCGUGUGGUUCGAGUACCCGGUGCAGAUCGAGCCGGACACCUUCUACACGGCCAGCGUCAUCCUGGACGGCAACGAGCUCAGCUACUUCGGGCAGGAAGGCAUGACGGAGGUGCAGUGUGGCAAGGUCACCGUGCAGUUCCAGUGCUCGUCCGACAGCACCAACGGCACGGGCGUGCAGGGCGGCCAGAUCCCCGAGCUCAUCUUCUACGCCUGAGCGCGCCGGCUCCCGCUUCCCGCUCGGCUCGGCUGUUCGCAAGGGUCGGAGCUGUGCGGUUCUGAUUUCUCUCAACCUUUUUCGUUAUGUACAGGCAAAAAUGCAGCACUCAGCUUUUAACUGUAUGCCGGAAAGCCAAAUUCUUAGCAAGGCUUGUGGUUCUUAGAGUUGCAUCUAUCCACCCAGGGAGAUUGUGCAUUCUUCUCCAACUGCCCCACUGACCUCCCAGUUUAAGAACAUUUUUGGAUCACCUCAGAUUUCCUUUUGGGCUUUAUUUUGACAAAGAGAAAGAAAUACUCUAAAAUAACAGUAGCGAUUAUUUUUAAACGGAAACCCUCCCUCUCCCCAAACAGAUAAACCUCAGUGUACAAUUUUGAAAGACAUUUUGCUUGAUAAUAAGUAAUAAUUUAGAAAGUAGACAGUAGUCAUCGUUACCUUCUUAUUUCCUUUUAAAUAUUUUGGGCAUUUGCUUUUGGACAUUGCUUUUUCUUAAAUCCUAAAUUCAUAAGUUUGUUAAAUUUUUAAACUGCAGCUGUCAAUGGAAGGUAAAAUAAGUAAGAAAUUGGAAGUUUUAGAUCACGACUUUUGCUACAAGCAAAUUUUAUGUUCUUUUAGUUUAGAAGACAGGCAGUUCCAGUACAGAGGCUUCUUUUAAAAGUAGCUAAAUUGCAAAACUUUAUUGUCAACUAUAGAAAAAUUGCAGGUCUGUUAAUUGAAACUAAAAUAGUCUUAAAAGGAAGCCUGAAAUGGUCCCACAUGACAAAUAGUUUAACUGAUGGCACAUUGUAAUCCAGAGUUUGAAAAAGUCAAGCUCUUUUCUCCCUGCUUAGCUUCUGAUCCCUGCCACUUGCUGGUUUUCAAAAGUUGUACUGUAUAGAACUCCUGUUCCCCCAUUCCCAUGAAAAGAGGACCAAACGAUUUCUUCAGAUGAAUGGAAUAACAGUUAGUUUUGUAGUGCCACAUGUUAAUGUAAUAAGAUACUUUAUGCAUUGAUUUUUGUUUUUAAUCUGAAAUAUAUUUUACCUAAUCUACUUUGACCACACUCGCUCUUCUUCGUUAAUUAUGAUUCUGUCCCGUUCCUGGACUGCUAGAAUAUGGCCUGUGACCAUCUGAACGAGCCAAUGUAUGCCUGCAGGGUUUUAAAAAAAAAUGGUCUGGAGUGAUAAACUCGAUGAUAACUUGAUGUUCACUGCCUCAGCAUCACAUCCAGUUCUCUCUUUUUUUUUUUUUUUUUCCCCAUGGAUAGUGUAAACAAAGGAGGGGAAAGCUCAUCAAAACAUUCUCCUUUAGCGAAGGCUUGUGCUGGCUUAGUGCCUGUGACCCUAGUGGUGCCCACUGCGGUCGCUCCCAGUUGAAGUAUCCACGUGUUUCUGGGCAGCGUCUCUGCCCAGUGUGGUCCUGAGAUGGCUUCCCCGCCACCCAGAGUGUGGUCCCUGGCCACCUCCUUCUCCUGUUCUGUGAGCCCGAAGCUGGCUCUGGAGCGGGGGCUAGUCCCGGGGUGGGUGUGCGCGUGGGUGCCCGUGCGCAUGCGCUGCGCGCCGGCUCAGGAACUCUCUCCUGCCGCCCGGCCAGCGGGGCCGGGACAGAAGGGUCCCCCUGCCGGGCCCACCCGGCCCGCAGAGGACUGCCUGUGCUUCCGGGCCGCUUCUCCCCCUGUAGACGUGGGCUGCUGCUUCGGCCGGCUUCCCCGAUGGAGAAAAACACUGGAUUACAGAAGUGUUUUAAUCGUCUUUGCCCUUACUUGUGUCUGUUAGCAUGGAGGGUCAGAAGCUGUUACCAGUGAUUAACAGAUGAGUGCUCCCGGGACUACCUUCCAAAAUUGUCUAACAGUUAUUUCUUAUUAGCAAGAUGACAGAUAGUAGUUGUGGCAAACCGUCUAUGAAACGGAGGUACGUUUUCAAUUAAAAAAAAUACUUCUACAAAGGGUUUUGCUUAUAAAUUAUGGUUAAACAUUUCGGUAACUCAUAGCUACCUUGCGUUUGGUAGACUAUAGACUUACCUGAUUGGAAGGCACUUAUGUAUAAGCCAGAGGAGAAGAAACUUUUUGGCACUAAUUUCAUCAUACUAGAUUGUUGUUGCGGGGGAGUGUGAUAACCUUGUUCAUUCAGUAACACCCACGAUCAGUGCUCCUCUUAGUAGCUGCCCUCCAGAGGCUGGGAAACUGCUGGGUGAGAGCCCCACAAGAGCCUGUAUACUGAGUAUGGAAGAACUUAAUUUUAUGAUAAUUGCUGUCACUUGAAAAAAAAAAACAAAAACCCGUCAUCUGAUUGGCUGGUGCCAAGAGCUGUGGUAUAAAUUUGAAGAUUGUAUUUAAAAUAAGAAAAUGUUAUCUUUUAAAUCCUAUUCUCCCUUCUGCGUUUUCAAUGACAUGAAAUUAAGGCUAAUGUGCUUGCUUUAUUUUCUUUGGUAAUCUCAAAUUUUGUAGCUUUUAAAACUAGAAACCAUUGUUCUGACAAGGCAGGCAACUGUAGUGCAUAAACACGAUUUUAUGAAACACUGCCCUGUAGAUGCUUCUCCCCAUGUAUCUGGCAGUCUUUGUUGUCGUUUAUAUCCUGGGGAUAAGGGGAACUAGGCUAGCAGUUCUAAUGUAACAUUCUUUAAGCAUAUCUUAAUAUAGUAUUUAAGUAAAUGGUCUAAUUUCUACAUAAUUAUUGCACUGAAAUGUCUUUUUUUUUUUUAAGGUGUCUAAAUAAGCUUGCUAAUUCAAGACACUAGCCAGUUGUGCAUCAGAGUGCUUGAAUUCAGGAGCUUACAGCAUUAUUUAUGAAGGAAAAAUAUAUAAAUAUGAAGUACCUCAUGUUGAAUGUUAUUGUACUGUAUUUUUAAUGUAACAGUGCAGAUCUUGUUAGACACAUGAAUGUGUAUAAUCAUGUUAAAUGCAAAUAAAAUAAAACCGGUUCAUA